CCAGGGGAGACGAAGGGAAGCUUAUGCGAGCUGCAGUCUACCAUAAACGUUACAUUUAAACAGGUUUUCUUUUUGCUAACAAUGUAAACCAUCAUUAUAGUCGGCAUUUUAUUGUACAAGGUUACAUUAAACUAUAACUGUCCUCGUUAUUUGGUUGCCGUGUCGUGUUUGGUAGAUAACUAGCUAAGCUAACGGUACAGGCUAAAAAGUUAGCUUACUCUACAUAUCACUUAAGGUUUAUGUCUCCUGGUGUCAACAAAUAUGACAACGCUAUAAGCAGUUCAUUUCGGAUCGUUAGAAGUCUGUAAUCAGGAUGUAUAUCUACCUCAGCAAGAAGAUUGCUAUCCCCAACAAUGUCCAUCUGAAAUGUGUCUCCUGGAACAAAGAUCAAGGCUUCAUUGCCUGUGGUGGAGACGAUGGCCUCCUCAAAGUGCUCAAACUUGAAACUCAGACAGAUGAUGCCAAACUUAAAGGCCUUGCUGCACCCAGUAAUCUGUCGAUGAACCAGACUCUAGAGGGGCACAGUGGAGCAGUGCAGGUGGUCACCUGGAAUGAACAGUAUGAAAAGCUGACAACCAGCGACCAGAACGGACUCAUCAUUGUAUGGAUGCUCUACAAAGGUGCAUGGUACGAGGAGAUGAUCAACAACCGGAACAAGUCCGUUGUGAGAAGCAUGAGUUGGAACGCUGAUGGUCAGAAGAUCUGCAUAGUGUAUGAAGAUGGAGCAGUCAUCGUAGGAUCUGUUGACGGAAACCGGAUUUGGGGAAAGGAGCUAAAGGGAAAUCAGCUCGCUCAUGUGGCGUGGUCGCCAGACAGCAAGAUCCUUCUCUUCGGCAUGGCCAAUGGGGAAGUCCAAAUCUAUGACAACCAAGGAAACUUUAUAAUGAAAAUGUCCAUCAGCUGUCUCACCAAUGCGACGGGAGCUGUCAGUAUCGCAGGUAUCCACUGGUACGCAGGAAGUGGGGGUUACGUUGAACCCGACUGUCCGUGUCUGGCUAUCUGUUUCGACAAUGGAAGAUGUCAGAUCAUGCGCUAUGAGAAUGAUGAAAACCCAGUGUGUUUUGACACUCAGAUGAAUGUGGUCAGCAUCCAGUGGAAUCAUUGUGGCAGUGUUCUGGCAGUGGCGGGAUCCCUCAGAGCCUCAAAUAUGGAUAAAGAAUAUAAUGCUGUGCAGUUCUACACACCAUUUGGAGAGCAUCUGAGAACCCUCAAAGUUCUCGGGAAGCAGAUGACAGGAGUUGCCUGGGAGGGAGGAGGGCUACGUAUUGGUCUGGCUGUAGACUCAUUCAUCUACUUUGCCAACAUAAGACCAGACUAUAAGUGGGGGUAUUGCUGCAGCACCGUGGUGUACGCCUACACAAAGCCAGAGCGACAGGAGUACUGUGUGGUUUUCUGGGACACCAAAAACAAUGAGAAGUUUGUCAAAUAUGUCAAGAGCUUGAUGUCCAUCACGACCUCGGGGGAUUUCUGCAUCCUAGCUAGCAAAGCAGAUGACACCCAGCCUCAGGAGGAUGCUGAGUUAGAGUCUGCAAGUCCUGCAAGGGUAAUAUACAAAUAUGUCCUGAUACUGUGCAACUCUAUUGGCACUCCACUGGACUCAAAGUACAUCGACAUCGAUCCACUGUUUGUCACCAUGACCAAAACCCAUGUGAUUGCUGCAUCUAAAGAGGCGUUCUACCUGUGGCAGUACAGAGUGGCAAAAAAGUUGACUGCUCUGGAGAUCAACCAAGUGACCCGAACUAAGAAGGAGGGAAGAGAGAGGGUUUAUCACAUUGACAUCAAUCCUUCUGGAGCCAGUGACAGUGGUCCAGAUUUUACAAAAGCCUUCACAGCAACUAGAGAUCCCAUUUGUUGUAUUACAGCAACAGAUAAGACUCUGAUUGUGGGCCGUGAGUCUGGCACCGUCCACAGAUACAGCCUCCCAAAUGUGGUUCUCAUCAACAAAUACACGUUGAACAACAGGGCCUACUAUCUGUCCUUAAACUGCAACUCCAGUCGUCUGGCCGUUAUCGACAUCUCGGGCGUCCUGACUCUGUUGGACCUGGAGGUUCGUGCCUCCGCAGAUGAUGGCGCAGGAAGCCAGGCGUCGGCGGGAGAUCCAUCCAAGUUUGAACGCAAGGAUGUGUGGGACAUGAAAUGGGCGAAUGACAAUCCUGAUCUGUUUGCCAUGAUGGAGAAGACAAGGAUGUAUGUUUUCAGGAACCUGGACCCAGAGGAACCAAUUCAAACAUCUGGAUACAUCUGCAACUUUGAGGACCUGGAAAUCAAAUCUGUCCUGCUAGAUGAAAUCAUGAAGGAUCCAGAGAGGCCGAAUAAAGACAACCUCAUCAACUUUGAGAUCCGCUCCCUAAGAGACAGCCGUGCUCUGAUUGAGAAAGUGGGGAUUGAAGAUGCCUCACAGUUCAUUGAAGACAAUCCACACCCAAGACUCUGGCGUCUGCUGGCUGAGGCAGCCCUACAGAAACUGGAUCUAAAGACAGCUGAGCAAGCAUUCGUCCGCUGCAAAGACUACCAGGGCAUUGAGUUUGUAAAGCGCCUGGGAAACCUGCAGAAUGAGCCCAUGAAACAGGCGGAGGUGGCAGCUUACUUCGGCAGCUUUGAGGAAGCAGAGCGGAUGUACCUGGAUAUGGAUCGCAGGGACCUUGCCAUCAGCCUCAGGAUCAAGCUGGGAGACUGGUUUCGGGUUCUCCAGCUGCUCAAAUCUGGCUCUGGCGGCUGUGAUGAUUCUCUGCAGGACCAGGCGUACAAUGCAAUUGGAGACUACUUUGCUGACAGACAGAAAUGGGUGAACGCAGAGCAGUACUACCAUCAGGGUCACAAUCAGGAGAGGCUGGCAGAGUGUUUCUACAUGUUAGAGGACUACCCUGGCCUUGAAAAACUGGCCGCUGGGCUGCCAGAGAAUCAUAAACUUUUACCGGAGAUUGGACAGAUGUUUGCCACUGUGGGCAUGUGCGAGCAGGCCGUGAACGCCUACCUGAAGUGUAACCAACCCAAAGCUGCAGUCGACACCUGUGUCCAUCUGAACCAGUGGAACAAAGCGGUGGAACUUGCCAGAACGCACAACAUGAAGGAGAUCAAAUCUCUUCUUUCCAAAUACGCUUCACAUCUCCUUGAGAAGAAUAACAUUUUAGAGGCGGUGGAACUGUAUCGAAAAGCUCACCACUUUCUUGAUGCAGCUAAACUCAUGUUCAAGAUAGCUGAAUCAGAGGCGGAGAAAAGAACUCGACCGCUGCGUGUGAAGAAGCUCUUUGUGCUGGCAGCACUUCUUGUGGAGGAUUACCACAAGCAGGUGAAGACAUCACAGCAGAGCAAAGCAAAGGGGAAGAAGUCUGAGGCUACGUCUGCACUUGCUGGGCUACUCGAGGAAGAUGCGACCUCUCCAGAUAACCGUUUCGUCGACAAUGCCUGGCGCGGAGCAGAAGCCUAUCAUUUCUUUUUGCUGGCUCAGAGGCAGCUUUAUGAAGGCUACAUGGAGAAGGCCAUGCGCACAGCCCUUCACCUGCGCGAGUACGAGGACAUCAUCCCAGCAGUGGAGAUCUACUCUCUGCUUGCCCUUUGCACCGCCACUAACCGGGCCUUCGGUACAUGCUCGCAAGCUUUCAUCAAGCUGGAGUCCCUAGAGAGUCUGGACCCUGACCAGCGGCAGUCUUAUGAGGAUCUGGCUCUGGAGAUCUUCACCAAAUACAACCCGAAGGACACCCGCCCAGUGGAGCGGGAAAGGUCAUCAGAGGGGUCGGAGGGAAAACUACCCACAUGCAUCGUGACAGGUCUGCAGAUUCAGGAGUACCAGUUCUGGAUGUGCAGCACAUGUAAACACUGCGCUCUAGAGCAGGAGGUCAGCAAAUACAACUUCUGCCCACUGUGUCACGAUCAGAUAUCAUGAUGCCCAAACGAUUAGGUAAACUUAUUAUAUAUAGAGAGAAACACAUUUAUAAGAUGUGUAAUGUUCUUCAGCUUACAUGUAUAUGUUUUAAAAAAAUAAUUAAAUUGCUUGUUAGUGAAGAACAGCUUCAGUAUAAGUCGCCUCAAUUUUCCGCUUAGUUUUCUGUGACUGCUUUGUUACCUAUUUUUAUAUGGAAGUAAACACUGAAUAAAAUCGGACAUGAAUACAACA